AUGGCAAAUAAGUACCAUGUUCGCUCAAUUAGUUUGCCCCCUAGAUCUCAUCCUAGCACCGUUAGAGUGGAGGAGGAGCUGAGCAAGCUAAAGACUUGGGAAGGAACAUCCACAUCCACCUCAGAGUCCAUUCACACUGGACUAUCCUUGCUUCAAGAUUUGUACCUUUCCUUGGAUGAUCUUCUCAACAUGGCAUCCACCCAACAAGUGAUUUCUCUCCACAAAUGUGACAAGUGCGUGGACGAGGUUUUGGAUGGUUCUAUGAGAAUUUUGGAUAUAUGUGGCAUCACGAGGGACACCAUGCAGCAAAUUAAGGAAAUUGUCCAAGCCCUUCACUCUUCCCUUCGAAGAAGAAAUCGAAAAGGAGACUCGAGUUUUGAGACCAGUGUGACCGAGUACAAGUUGUUCACCAAGAAGAUGAAGAAGAAUUCCAAUAAGUUGAUCACAUCAUUGAAGCAGAUGGAUGGCAAAUUUGGGGUAUCCCCACUUCUGGAUCUUGAUCACCACCUGGCUGCUGUGAUUAGAGUGCUUAGGGAAGUCAUUAUAAUCAACUUGUUAGUCUUCCAAUUUAUUUUGUCAUUCUUGACCGCGUCUUCAUCGAAUUCAAAGGCAACCAAAUGGUUGGUUGUGGCAAAAUUGAUGCACAAGGGGGUCAAAUCAUGGGAAGACAACUCCGGGAAUGUGAACGAGUUGCAGUGUGUUGAAACAGCUUUGAGUACCCUUCUGAAUGAGGGCACUGAUGAUGAGAAGAUGCAGGUAGCACAUGAAAGAUUGGAGGCUUUGAAGAAUGCCAUUGAAAGAAUUGAGAACAGUUUAGAGAGUGUGUUUAGGCGCUUGAUUAAGACCAGAGCUUCUCUUCUGAACAUAAUCUCCCAAUAG